GAACCCAUAGCCACAGCAGGGCACAUGCUCUGUUCACAGCAACGAUAGGAAACAAGGGACUAUUUGCAACAAAUUUACGGUUCGAAGAAGCACCGGAAAUGAAAAAGUCACCCCCGAAAAUUUGAAGACAUCUGUUAAAGUCGAAAUGGGGUUUCACUGCGAGCCUUCAACUAGGGGUUGGUUCUACCUUGAAACAACUGAAGGCAAUGAUGGUUUUAUCAACGAUCAGACAAAAGAAAAUAAUUCCCAUGUGGACGGAAUUACUGGAGGCGACAUACGUGAUGUUCUUCGCAACAUGAUCAAAGCUCAGUACGUUCAACAUAUAGGAAAUGCCAGAUACGCGUUAAUAAUCAACAUUGUAAAGUAUACUAAUUGUGACCAUGCUGAACGCAAAGGAGCUCAGAAUGAUUCGAAGGAUUUGAAGGAUCUCCUGGAGAGUCUAGAGUACAAAUAUGAGGUCACCGUCACAAUGCCAGAAUCCACAAAGAAGGACGUGUUCCAAACGUUGGAUAAGUUUCUUCGUGCAAUUAAGAACGAAAAGAGGUCAAUUGACGGAAUUUUCUUAGCGGUUAUGGGCCACGGUUCAAAUGACAAUAUUAUUGCCAGCGAUGGGAAAGAAAUUGAUAUUUUCACGGAAAUUAUUGAACGUUUUGGAAAUGGAAACUGUCAUAAUUUGAUGGGUGUUCCGCAAAUCUUUGUAAUUCAAACUUGCCGUGGGGAUCGGUUAGAUAUUUCGCCACUGAAACAUCAGAUGUUCAAGAGACCGACCCUCGCAGAGGAAGACAAAAGUAUUCCGACCAAUACGGAGAAAGAACUCUGGACAAAUUUACCGUUUGCAGAGAGUCAAACUCUUCCCGAAAUGUCUGACAGUCUUAUUAUUUUUUCAUCGUAUCGGGAUACUAAAUCCUUUCGCUACGAACAAGGAGCCUGGUUCAUUCAGCUGUUUAUCAAAGCGGUAGAAAUUGCCGCCGCAAAUAAGAGGAUAGAAAUUUUGUCCCUUCUUAAUGGGAUUGUAGAGCAUUCCAAAAGUAAGCACCACAUGGUUGAGGAUUGCAGGGACGGAGUCUCUCAUACCGGCGAAAAUAUAAUAUUUCUUAAACAACUUCCCGUAAUUGAGAAUGUUGGGUUUACCAAGGAAUUUUUUUUUCAGCUUAAGAAAGCAAGAAAUUGAAGCUUGUACCCUGUAACGAAACAUACAUAAAUUAAGAAUGAAUCAAAUCAUAGGCAUUUCUAAUGGGUUUAAAAUAUUAAUAACGCAAACUAAAUUCAGUGUGUAAAAUAGAUAUUCUAAAUUUGGAAUUAAAGCAAGAUUAAUACUAAUUCAAUUUUAA